UCUGUCAAGCUUGCUGGUCCUUCCCUCAUGAGGCUCUUCCCCAUGUUUUUCACACGGAUUGCUCCUUGUCAUCCUUCAGGUCUCGGCUUACAUGUCACUUACUCAGAGAGGCUUGGCCAGACCACCCAAUCUAAUUAGUCCCCUCCUCCUUUACUUUCUCAUAGACCCUGUUAUUUUUCUUCAUACAAUUCAUCACAAGUGUUCACAGAUUUUUUUGUGUUCGUUCACUUAAUUCUAUCAAUUCCAUUAGGCUGUAAGGUUCUCAAGGGGGGAGGGACCUUGUUUGUUUUGUUCACUUUUGUAUUCUUGAGGCCUAGCACGGGUGCCUGACAUGUAGUAGGUGCUCUAUAAAAAAAAUUGCUGAAUAAAUGAGUGAAUACUUUCUUGGUUGUUUCACUUACACUUGUCCCUUCUAUUGAGUUUUAGUUCCUGCUACUGCACUGUAACCCCCAAAUUGAUAGGAGAGAAUUGCAGUGCCACUUCCCUCUAUCACUGACUGCUGAGAUGGCAAUUCCUUUGUGGAGAAGCUGCUGGCUUCUCCUGGGCGGUUGUCAUGUACCCAAAGGUGCGCAAUAAUUCUGUUCACAAUAGUAUGACUGAAGCAAUCAGGAGAGCUGUCAGAAAUGCCUUUAAAAGUUACCCUCAUUGGGUUCUUGAGCACCCGAAACUGUGAACUACUGACAUAAGUGAGAAUGAGCAGAAUGUUGAAAAGGUGUGUGUGUGUGGGAAAUGAAAUUCAGACGUACACGUCCUUUCUUGCGCGCCAGAAACUGAGCCUCUUGCAGCAGCUCCUCUGCCCAAUGGGGGGCGGCAGCAUCCCAGCAACUCACUCCCUGAGGUUGUGUAGGCGGCAGGAGCGAUUCGCGUUCAAACUCUUUUGACUCUAUCCGCUCGCCGUAGCGCCUUAGCCCGCUAGAGUUUCAAGGCGCGUUGUUCCUUGACGAAGCUGAGUCCUAUACACCGCCUGCUGCUUUCCAGAGCAUGGCUUCUCCGAGUUCUUUCACCUACUGUUGCCCUCCAUCUUCCUCCCCUGUCUGGUCAGAGCCGCUGUACAGUCUGAGGCCCGAGCACGCGCGGGAGCGGUUGCAGGACGACUCGGUAGAAACAGUCACGUCCAUGGAACAGGCAAAAGUAGAAGAAAAGAUCCAAGAGGUCUUCAGUUCCUACAAGUUCAACCACCUUGUACCAAGGCUUAUUUUGCAGAGGGAGAAGCACUUCCAUUAUCUGAAGAGAGGCCUCCGACAGCUGACAGAUGCCUAUGAGUGUCUGGAUGCCAGCCGCCCAUGGCUCUGCUACUGGAUCCUGCACAGCUUGGAACUCCUAGAUGAGCCCAUUCCCCAGAUGGUGGCGACAGACGUGUGUCAGUUCCUGGAGCUGUGUCAAAGCCCAGAAGGUGGCUUUGGAGGGGGCCCUGGCCAGUACCCACACCUCGCGCCCACGUAUGCAGCAGUCAACGCGCUCUGCAUCAUUGGCACCGAAGAGGCCUAUGAUGUCAUUAACAGAGAGAAGCUUCUCCAGUAUUUGUACUCGCUGAAGCAACCCGAUGGCUCUUUUCUCAUGCACGUUGGAGGUGAGGUGGACGUGAGAAGUGCGUACUGUGCCGCCUCGGUAGCUUCUCUGACCAACAUCAUCACUCCAGACCUGUUUGAGGGCACUGCUGAAUGGAUCGCAAGGUGUCAGAAUUGGGAAGGUGGAAUUGGCGGGGUGCCAGGGAUGGAAGCCCACGGCGGCUAUACUUUCUGUGGCCUGGCCGCACUGGUCAUCCUCAAGAAGGAACGCUUCUUGAACUUGAAGAGCUUAUUACAAUGGGUGACAGGCCGGCAGAUGCGGUUUGAAGGUGGAUUUCAGGGCCGCUGCAACAAGCUGGUGGACGGCUGCUACUCCUUCUGGCAGGCGGGGCUCCUGCCCCUACUCCACCGUGCACUGCACGCCCAAGUAGCUGCAUUACAAUGGGCUCACGUGGAAAGCUCUCCAGGACACAACGGAAAGUGUCAAAGGCCAGGCCGAGAACAGUCUAUCUGUGUGCACACAGGCUGGCAUCCACCCAGCUUUCCUGGAAGUAUACACAACUCCCCUUUAACAAUGGGUGACCCUGCCCUCAGCAUGAGCCGCUGGAUGUUUCAUCAGCAGGCCCUGCAGGAGUACAUUCUUAUGUGCUGCCAGUGCCCCACCGGGGGGCUUCUGGAUAAACCUGGCAAGUCCCGGGACUUCUACCACACCUGCUACUGCCUGAGCGGCCUGUCCAUAGCCCAGCACUUCGGCAGUGGAGCCAUGUUGCACGAUGUGGUCCUGGGUGUGCCCGAAAACGCCCUGAACCGGCUGCAUGAGGACAUGGACAGGCUGGUGAACUCACCGUCCCCACCCUCUGUCUGCAGCUCGUUCUCCAUUCAUGAGCAUCUGGCUGGCAAACUCGAGGUUCCAGCCCUGUGCGGGCGAGCUGUUCACCACUGUAUCCAGCCCCAGGCCAGCCUGGCCACGGGACAUGCUUGUGAGCCUAGUCAUGAUCCUGAGACUCAACUCCGGCUAAGACUGUCUGCAGCUGUCAGAUGAUGGGGCCUGUGCAGAUUGUCAUGAAAUAUUCCAACAGAAGAAACACAAAUGGCCAGUAGGUGGAUGAAAAGAUGCUCAGCCUCACUAGUAAUUGAGAAAAUCCAAGUAACAACCCUUCGGCUGUUUCAAGUAUUUGCCUCCUAUGCAACCCUCUUCCGUUCUUUUCCCUCCCUCCUUCCUCAGCGUAACCCCAUCCUAAAUUUGACAUUUAUCAUGCCUGCAAAUGUUUUUGUGCUAUUACUACAUAGGUAUGUAUCCACGAACUAUAUAUAGAGUUGUUUUGUAUGUUUUCAAAUGUUUUAUAACAGUAUCUACCCGACCAUUUAUUCUGCAUCACUUUUCUCACCGACCAUUACCCUUUUGAGGCUUAGUCGUCUUCAUAUGUGUUGCUCUAGUUUAUUCAUCUUAACUCCUGUAUGGUAUUCCCUUGUCUAAGUGUACCCCAGUUUAAUUUUCUAGUCUCCUGUUGGUUAACACUGAGAUGGUUUCAGAUUUUGCUAUUACACAAGGUGUUGCAGUGAACAUUCUCGAGUUACAGUUUCUGAGAGAGAUACACCUUCAUCCUCACCAGAUGGCCCUGAACCUUGCCCCUUUGUGCUUGGGUUAUUUAACGCUCACAUGGCACCAAGAUGAGUUGCUCCAUAGUCAGACUUUUCCUUUCUGCCAACUUGACAGAUGUGAAAUGGUAUCUCAGUUUUGUUUUGCAUUUCCCUGAUUACUGGUGAGGCCGAGCAUCUUUGCAAACGUUUGUUGGCCAUUUGUGUUAUGUCUUCUGUGAGUUGCCAGCCAGCUCCUAUCCUUUGCUCAUUUUCGUAUUGAUUUGUAAUUUUGUUUGCUCUUUUCUUAUGUAGUAGGAGUUCUUUGUGUGUUCUUGAUACUAAUCCUUUGUCAGUGGUGUGUGUGUGGUGACUCUCUUCCAGUUUGUGACUUGUCUUUUCACUUUGUUUUUAGUGUUUUUGUUGAAUAGAAGAUUUUAACUCUAAAGUGAAUAAUUUUAUUUGCCUUUUCGGUUUUUGAGGGUUUUUUUUUGGGGGGGGGGCGUUACUUAAGAAAUCUUUUCCUACCCUGAGGUCAUAAAUAUUUUUCUUCUAAACAAUUUAAAGUUUUGCUUAUCCCAUCUAAUUUUUUAAUUCUCUUGGAAUUUAUUUCCUUCUGUAGUGAGGGUGGGAUAAAAUUUUAUCUUUUUCCCAUUUUGGUUAACCAAUUGACCAGCACCAUUUAUUGAAGUUUACAACCUUUCCUAUUGAUGUAUCACAUGUGUGUCACAUACUCAAGUUCCUGUAUAUGAGGUGACUGUUUCUGGACACACUGUUCCAUUGGUCUGUUUGUUAUCUUUGCUGUCUUAAGCAAAUCUUAAAUGCAGGUAAGCAAGUCUUACCUACCCACCUCAUUCUUUUUCUUCAAAACUGCUUUGGAUAUUCUUUGCCUUCUGCAUUUUAGGAUUUCCUGUGCAUUUUAGGAUCAGCUUAUCAAGUUACACACACAAAAAAAACUAGUGGAAUUUUUAUUAGAAUUACAUUGAAUGUAAGAUUAAUGGGAGGGAACUGACCUUAACAUUCGGGCUUCCCAUUUAUAAACACAAUUCUUCAGAUUUUUUACAUUUCUUUUAAUGGUCUUUUAUCAUUUUCUCCAUAAAGGACUAGCACAUCUUUUGUUAGACUUCUGUCUAAGAAAUUUAUAGUUUUUGUGUCUAUUGUGACUGGAAUAUUUUUUUCCAUUUUAUUUUGUAAUUGGUUGUUACUAAUGUAUAGAAAUGCUAUGGAUAAUUAUAGUUUAAUUUUGCACCCAGCAGCCUUGCUGAAUUCUCUUUUUUUUUUGGCUGCUCCACGUAGCUUGCGGGAUCUUAGUUCCCUGACCAGGGAUUGAACCGGGCCCCCUGCAGUGGAAGUGUGGAGUCCUAACCACUGGACCGCCAGGGAAUUCCCUCUGAAUUCUCUUGAUAGUUGUAAUAGUUUGUCUAUAGAAUCUCUUAGAUUUCUUAUUUAGAACGUAAUGUCAUCUUCAAGUAAGGAGUUUUGCUUUUUCCUUCCUGAUUCUUAAGAAUUUUCUUUCUUUUCUUGCCUUGUAAUGUUGGCUAAAACCCCCAUGGAGUGUUGACUGGAGGUGGUAAUAGAAAGUGUUCUGAUUGUAAUGGGAAGGUUUCUGUAAUUCCAUCAUUAAGGAGGAUGCUUACUGUGAGGUUUUGGUAAACAUUUCAUAUCAGGUUAAGGAUGUUCCCCUCUGUUCCUGGUCUACUGGGUUGUUUUUUUGUUUUAUUUCAGUCAUAAUCUAGUGUUAAAUUUUAUUGAAUGCUUUUUCCUCAUCUGGCUUUUCUCCUUUAAUCUGAUGUUGUGUUUUGUUAAUACAUAUUCUGAUGUGACCUUGACGUUACGGGAUAAGCCCUGCUUGGUGAUAAUAGAGUGUGGGGGGUGUAUGUGCUGUUCUAACACCUGCUGGAUUCACUCUGCUGGUAUUUUUGGCUCGUAUUUUUAUUUAGGAUUUUUUGCAUGUGUGUUCAUGAGAAAGACUGAUCUAAAAUUUUGUUUUAUUGUAUUCUUUUCCAGUUUGUGUUUCAGGAUAAUAUAGCCUCAUAAAAUUAGACGGGUGUCUUCCUACUCUACUUUUUCUUUGGAAAAGUUUGUAUAAGUUAGAGAUUAUCUUGUAAGCUAACACUUGC